AUGGAAAGAUACGCUGCCAUCAGGAGGGAUACCAAUGAAACAAAAAUACAGAUAGUCUUGUGUCUAGAUGGAGGCAACAUUUCUGUGGAGCAGUCUCUUUUUGCAGACAAAAAAGACGACGAACACGCAACUCAGCUCACAGGAAACCAAGUGAUUCGGGUGCAAACCGGCGUUGGUUUUUUAGACCAUAUGUUGCAUGCUUUGGCCAAGCAUUCCGGAUGGUCAUUGAUCAUUGAAUGUAUUGGUGACUUGCACAUUGACGAUCACCAUACGUCAGAGGAUGUUGGUAUUUCUCUAGGUCUUGCUUUCCAUAAGGCGUUGGGCCAAGUGAAAGGUGUGAAGCGCUUUGGAUCAGCUUUUGCCCCACUAGAUGAGGCUCUCAGUAGGGCCGUUGUUGACCUUUCUAAUAGACCAUAUGCUGUGAUUGACUUGGGCUUGAAAAGAGAGAAAAUCGGAGACUUGUCUUGCGAGAUGAUUCCUCAUGUCUUGGAAAGUUUUGCGCAGGGGGCAUCCAUCACAAUCCAUGUAGAUUGUUUAAGAGGCUUCAAUGACCACCAUAGAGCAGAGAGUGCUUUUAAAGCCUUAGCUGUUGCCAUUAGAGAGGCGACUUCGAAAACAGGACGGGAUGAUGUGCCCAGUACGAAAGGUGUUCUUUUUUAA